AUGUCGAAUGAAUCAUCUCAACAUCAUGUGAAGAUUGGGAAACCUGUGAUAAAGAAUGAGAUCUUUCAUAGCUUUAAUGGUCGAGUGUGGAACGAACAAGCUGUUAGUCAUCAUGGAACUUCAGGAUCUGGUAUUCAAAGUGGGGUAGUGAAUGGGAGACGUCCAAGAGGGUAUUUAGGAAAUAACUUUGAUGAAAAUUAUCACAAGAAGCAAUUUCAUCAUGCGAAACAAAGUAAUAGUUACGCACAAAAUACGAACUCACCUUAUAAUAACUUUCAUCUACAAAAUCAAGGGUAUAACAACCAUCCAUCUUACCAUCCGUAUCAAGGGAAUUAUCAGAGAAAUCAUCACCAGAACUAUGCAAAUGGAAGAGGUGGAGGUCAGCAAGGAAGCGGAAGAGGUGGAAACGGAAAUGGACGUCCAGCGAUUGGACCAGGAAGUUUUAAUCGGUUGAUGAUUGAAGGAGGUCAGAGUAAAGGAGCAGAGAAUAAUAGACCGGUAGCUUCAGGUUCUGGUUCUAAGUAA